AUGCACGCCUCGGGGCACAGAUCGACGUCGUCCGUGAGCGUCUCGCUCUGCGUGCACGCGGUGGCCGCCACCCCGCCACAACUCUCGUCCCAAACGUCCUGCGGCACAUCCUGGCACCCAGUCGGAUCGUUAUCCUCUCCGAUCUUCCCAUGCUGGCAAUACUUCUUCCCCGACGCGAUCGCCUUGAACUUCAAGAAUGCUUUCCUCUCUGGGUUCGCAACCGGUGGGAAGAGCUGGUUUUCGCAAGCGUCGAUGCUGUGGACCACCUCGAUAGCGAUCGGGCUCAGGGCGAACCAACCCACGAACGCCACGAAGAAAGAUACUGUCGAGGCCCAGAAAGCCCGCAUGUGA